UUCCGAUGAUAACUAGAACUGAAACCACCUUUUCGAUACUUCACCGACUCUUCAGAGACGUCGUUGCCCAUCUGCGACUCGUUCUAAGCGCUCCGCGGCGCCCGCUACCUCUAACUGACCUCCGGUUCCCGAUCGUGACCCAAACCGACUGAACUCAACUAGACCUCCUGCAUCCCGAUCAUGUCAGACCCUAAGAUAUAUACAAUCGGAUGGAUCUGUGCCGUGGAAGCUGAACUCAUCGCCGCCACGGCUUUACUCGACGAGGAACACGACGAUUUGGAAGAUGUGCCUGUUCACGACAACAACACAUAUACUCUGGGCCGGGUCGGAAAGCACAAUGUCGCCAUUGCUGCACUGCCGCAUUGGCAAUAUGGGCUUGUCAGUGCUGCCAACGUCGCCAGGGACAUGAUACGCACUUUUCCCAGUAUAAGAAUCGGCUUAAUGGUGGGUAUCGGUGGUGGUGCGCCAAGUUCGAAGCACGACAUUCGGCUGGGCGACGUGGUUGUUAGUUCUCCUGGCUAUGGGAAUGGUGGAGUUUUUCAAUAUGAUUACGGGAAAACUAUGCAAGGUGCGAGCUUUGCUGUUACUGGACAGUUAAACCAGCCGCCUCAGUGUUUGUUGACGGCAAUGUCUUCCCUCAAAGCUCAGUAUAAGCGUCGUGGUCAUAAUAUCGAAAAGGUUAUUAACGAUGUUCUUGAUGCCAAUCCGAGGCUGCGAAAAGAGUACCGAAGACCGGAGUCUGACACAGACAGACUUUAUAGCUCAUGUUUCAAACACAACGAGAAGGACGAUAUCGAUUGUGUGACUGCAUGCGACGACGCCUCGAAGUUAGUCGAUCGAGUAGUGCGAACCGAAGAACAAGACGACCCGAUGAUCCAUUUCGGCCUCAUAGCGUCGGCCAACCAGCUGAUGAAGGAUGCAACUAUACGAGAUAGGCUCUCGGCUGAAAUGGACGUGUUAUGUUUCGAGAUGGAGGCUGCCGGGCUGAUGAACCAUUUUCCUUGUCUUGUGAUCCGUGGUAUCUGCGACUACUCAGAUACGCACAAGAACAUAAAGUGGCAAGGGUAUGCGGCGAUGACUGCUGCCACGUACGCAAAAAACCUGCUUUACAAGUUGGCGCCGAACAAGGUGGAAGCCGAAAGGAAGCUGGUCGACGUCCUUUCAGAUGUUGACAUUAAAAUAAAUCAUGUGUCACAUCAAGUUGACAAUACGCAUUCUAAAGUCGAGAAUUUGCAAACAAAUAAGCAUUUCGAUGACAUUACGAAAUGGCUCGCACCCCCUGAUGUCUCCACCAAUUUUAACAAAGCCAUUAAGGCUCGUCACAAAGGCUCAGGCCGGCGGCUAUUAGAAAGCGAAGCAUAUAUGAAGUGGGAAACCGGACAAAGCUCCUUUCUUUGGCUAUAUGGCAUUCCUGGAUGCGGUAAAACAAUUCUAACAUCCACAGUCAUUGAGGAUCUUCAAAAGAACCAAGAUCUGACGCGAACUCCGCUCUAUUUCUAUUUUGACUUCACUGAUACCCGAAAGCAGUCUUUUGAGAAUGUUAUCCGCUCUCUUAUCAUUCAGAUGUACUAUCGAAACAAAGAUGCCCAAAAGCACUUGAAUUCGCUCUAUUCAACGUGUCGAGACGGAAAGGAUCAGCCGAGCUUUGAUUCUCUGCAAAAGGCGUUUACUAACAUGAUCCAUGAACUUAGGGAAGUAUGGAUCGUGCUCGACGCACUCGAUGAAUGCACGCCACGGAUCGAGUUGCUGUCCUGGAUGCAAGAUCUUGCGCAAAACUACCAACCACUGUCUAAUGUGCACAUCCUUAUUACUAGUCGCCCCGAACAAGACAUCAAGUCAGCCAUCGAACGCCACGCUGAUAACGAACAGAUGAUCGCUAUACGAGACGACUUGCUAGAAGCGGAUAUACGCAACUACGUGCAAGCAAGAGUUAGAGAGCAUGAGGGUUUGAAGCGCUGGCAGGGACGAUCGGAUAUCCAAGAUAGGAUCGAGGCUAGUCUGCUAGACAAAGCCGAUGGAAUGUUUCGGUGGGUUUCAUGCCAGCUUGACGCGUUGGAAGAGUGCUUAGAACAAAAAUCUUUACUGAAAGCACUUGAAGAUCUACCGAGAACACUGGACGAGACAUAUGAACGGAUUUUAGCUAACAUACCUUCUGCACACAAAUACUAUACGAUACGUAUCUUGCAGUUCUUAACAUAUUCUGAGACGCCUUUACGGCUUGACGAGGCAGUUGAUGCUAUUGCCGUCGACAUAGGAGAGGACGCAACGGUACGGUCUCGGUUUGACCCGCAAGACAGGUUGCCGGUUCCGCAAGAAAUCACAAGAUACUGCUCGAGUCUAAUCAUCCUCGUUGAAAGAGAGGGCAAAUAUAACGAAGAAAGAAUAGUGGAAGAAGUCCAAUUAGCACACUUCUCAGUAAAAGACUACCUUACUUCUAACCGUUUGGAAAAAGAGACUGCCCAGCAUCUGGAACAGAAAGUGGCUCGUACUUCUAUGGCAAUAGUCUGCCUAUGGUAUCUUCUCGAGCCCAAACCCCAAAACGACACUAUCGGGCUUUUCCCUUUUUCUCGUUAUUCAGCGCGGUAUUGGAUGAGUCAUGCUGCUGUCGGGGAUUGUAAUCACCAGCAAAUGUUUGCGCUAGCAAUAUACUUAUUGUCGAAUGCUAGUAGACUUGAGAGCUGGUACCGACUUUACGACCCAGACCGGCCGUGGAUGGAUAGGCUGGAAAACAUCGGUCUGCGUAAUCGUAUAGCGCCUGGUCUAUACUACGCCUCACUUGGUGGGCUAUCACAUUGUGUCAGAUCAAUGGUGGCUGAUAAGACUGAUGUCAAUGCUCAAGGCGGCCAGUAUGGCAACGCGCUACAGGCUGCUUCGUCUGGAGGACACAACGAGAUCGUACAGAUGUUGCUGGAUGCCAAGGCCGAUGUCAAUGCUCAGGGCGGCCAGUAUGGCAAUGCACUACAGGCUGCUUCGUCUGGAGGACACAAAGAGAUCGUACAGAUGUUAAUAGAUGCCAAGGCCGAA